GGCGCCUGCCCUCGGCGUCAUUCCUCGCCUGAGGGCGGAUCGUAUAACUGCAGCUGAUAAAGCGAUGAGAUAGUUCAUGCUAAGACAUUUGAAAGUACACUCAGUGAGAGAUUAAGACAGCUUUGUUUACUUCCCAGCUGGUGGGAGAAUAGCUGUUAACAAGAAACGCUGCACGGCGGAGGAAUAAUGUUGGUAAGUACUAGAGUUUUGUUGCUUGACAUCUGUUUUGUAAAGUGCAACCAAAUGAAAACGUUUUUGGAGCUACGGAGUAAAAAGAAACGUUUCAUUUUAUGUCGCUGCGAACUCUCUAUCGACUUAGUCCAAAGAUGCUCUCGUAGCUUUUGUAUUCUAACUCAUGCUUGCGAUUGUUAAAAACACUUCUUAAUCCAUUCACAUCAUGUGCACCCCUAAACCUGAGGCGGGUGACACCGACGAAGUUUCUCUCCAGAACUGCGCGUGAACAUUGUAUCCAACUUGUAAACCUGCUAUCAAAACAUUUUGAUCGCAGUGAUAGGCACUGUUUAAAAUAUUCCGCCAUCUGAUUUAAACUAAAGAGCUUUAUGACUGUUUUGAAAACACUACAACCAAUUCUCACAACUUGUUAGGAUGUUUACCCGCAGAAGUAUAUAAUCUAUAUGGUAAACAAGUCAUCUAAACAUGCCUGACCUCACCUACGAAUAUAUGACUAAUGGCUGAUUUAUAUCUUUACUGCAAAGUAGCCUCGUGAUUUAUGAGAUGUGCUUAUUAAAAAAACAGCAGUGUUUGCUUCAAAGAGAAUGAGACGAGCUAUUUGAAAAGAAAGAAAAACAGUCUCUUAUAGCGCAGUGUCUUAAGCAUAUAUAGACGCGGCUCGUUUGUUUUCAUUUUUCGCGCGCUGAAGAGAAAUAUUGAUCAGAGAGUUAAGUGAGGUCGUCUUCAGAACAAGUCAUAUACAUUGGAUUUAAAUAGACUAAAGAUCAAUUUUUGUUUUGAGAGUCGACACACUGUAUUUUCAUGGAUAAACAACUACAGAUUUUUAGACCUGACAUAACAUAAUGAAUGACAUCUGACUGCCUGUUUGGAUUAAAUUACAAAUAAUUAUUUAAAAGCGCUGUUAUAGGGAUCCAUUUUAAAUGCAUUAUUUCCGUUUGGUGGUUGUCUGUUUUAACGCACACGUUUAUUUAUGAAUUCGGCUGUGCUAAGAGCGGAUACAAGGAUCCUACCGUGGAUCCAUAAAUGAUGAUUGAUGUGAACUAUAAUCAAGACUAAAUAUUCCUUUUUUUAUGUUCUAAACUUACCACCUCUGUUUACGAUGGAAAAUUGCCCAGAAAAAUCGGAAACAUGUAAUGCCUCGAGGAAUUUCACUCGACAUUACUUCAAAUCCUUUGAAUCUUUGCCUCUUAUAACUGAUUUGCGCACGCAAAUAUUACAUGAAUGACUUGAUUUAUAAUUGAGACAAUCGAUUAACUUCAAUCUUAGCCUAAACAUACUCACGUAAAGUGAUCAAUCACUUGAAAUUUUGACACGGAUAAAACACUAUUUCCUUAGCGGUGCAAUGGAUUUUGUGCUCGAUUACAUGGACGACUUUAUGCCAUUGUAGGAUACAUAAUGUCGAGCACACCGAGAUUUUCGAGGGGCAUUUUGGUUCGUUGAGAAUAAUACGAGCAGAAUAUCUAGCCAGAGGGUAUAACAAACUAAGAAUGCUAUCUAAGUGAUGCAGUCUUUGUUUUUGGCCCAAUUUUCUCCAAAAAUAUGAAGUGAAACUGCUAAAGGGUCGAGUCAAGGGAUGUAAAUAACAUUUUGUCGAGCAGGAAUGGUGCACUAUUGCCCGAUAGGGCUAGUUUCCUUCCAUAUGAUCUCAGAAAUUCUAGCACCCUGUUUACACGUGGGUUGAGUUUUUUUUUUUUCAUCUUUUCACUUUGAGUUUUUUUUUUUUCGCAAAAACCAGAUUCUCAAAUAUCAAUUCUAUUAAUUAACAUCUGCAUUCAAAGUCAUGAGGUAUUACAACCAUUUCUGUAGAACCUUUCCGUUUCAUUUGGGGAAACAAAAUUGCAAUAUGCAUUUUUCAUUUGCUUAGAGAGUAAAUAGUUUCGCGUGGGCGUAUUUAUUAACGAUUACAAUUACCAUUUCCGAAAACUGUGACAAUUCAUAGAGAAUCACGCCACGUCUUACGACGAAAACAAACUACCAAAUGGACCCCGUUUUAUCAAUAAACCACUAUUGUAUCUACAACUACACUUCCCACAUACAACCACACAGACACGUGCGCCAGCUGUUGAAAAGCAAACCAUUUUUAAUUGUAUUUUGAUUGAUUAUUCCCAAGUUCAUCUCCGCAUAACAGAUAAAACGACAUAAGAAGGAAAUCCUCAGGAACCUUCUUGGCAACUUCCUGUCUCAUGCUGCAAGUUGAGUUUGUUGCAUGUCAUAUUCCCCACAGUGAUUUCCGACAAUCUGUCUGAAUCCACCAUAUCCACCCUUACCGAAAAACAUCCACCGUGAUAAAUCAUUUUUACGUCGUCCUGAUCUGUUAGACUCGACAUAAGAAUAAAGCUCAAUGAUUUUGGUGACCUCUUUAGCUACUUCGGCCAGUAGUCGCACAUUUCAUAGAUACAUAGCUGAAAAAAUUCCUAAGAGGAUCAAAGAAGAUCGAGAUAUUUCUUCCUGUAGGUCAAAAAGAUAAACUCUAUAACGAGAUGAACAUUCUUAGCCUACUCGAGGUCGAUUCUAGCAGAGAUGAAAAACCAGUUUCUCCUUAUCUCAUUCACGCGAAUGUUAGGGAUGCGUCCGUUUGAUCUAUCCAUCGGUUGAACUUCAUUUUCAUGUCGAAAUCAAUCGUUUGACAGUACCGAAAAAAAAGAAGAAGGAGAGAGAAUAAAAAAGUAAAAGCUGGAAAAAUCCAAGAUCGAAGAAAACCAAAACUUGUAAUCAUUUAGCUGGUCACAUCUUAAAAACAUACUGAGCAAAAUUAACUUUCGACAAGUCUUUGAAAAUGUUAGUUAAAAAGUCGGGAGAAUGUUUAUAAUGCUAGUUCCCUUUAUGAAAGCAAACUAAACCGUAUAAGUCAUAUGUUCAUGAUGCUAGUUCCCUUUAUGAAAGCAAAUUAAACUGAACAAGUCAUAUGACUUUUUCCUCAUGCAGUUUUCCUAGAUAAACAACACGUAACUAUAGACACUUAUCUUUGGUUCGCCAAACGCUCAAAAUAAACCUGUUACGCCUCCCCAUAUUUGAUUUAUUGGAUUGCUUUAUUGAGAAUUCUUCUGCAACUUAUCUUUCGCUGUUGAUUGCCGGUACUCUUUCAAAAGAUGAAUAAUGUAAAUAAUUAAGAAUGAAUCCCUUCUGAACCACUUAACCUUUUUUUUUUGUACGACUUACAGUUUGUAUCUUCUACUCAGUUCGCAUCUUUGAUUUAUUGUCUGUACCGUCAUCUAAUCUAAUGACCUUUCCCUAUUUUUAGUCAUUUUAUAAACUAAAGCUUGUUUUUUCUAAUUCCUCAAGAUUUUUUAUAACUUAACGCCAGAUGUUAUCUCCUAAAUAAAGUGCAUGAUAAUGCUUGCGUGACGGUCGUGUACCACUUGAUAUUUUCUUCCAGAAAUAAAAGAAAACUUGUCAGAAAAGCUACUCUGCCCUUUAUUCUAAUUCCAUCAGAUUCUAGAUCAGCUCGUCUUAGUUGUUGGUAGCAUAUUACCCACAAGGGCAGUAAAUAGAUUUAUCAUACCAGUAAAUUACUUAGCUGUCAAUUGGACCAAUCAUGACUUAAGCGAUGAUUUAGUUUUUCUCACAGCUGUUGGUUUUUCUUAGACUUGUCGUGAACACAGCUGAAACUUUGAAGAAUACUCAAUAUAAGAAGAUGAAAUAUGAAAAUGGGCUGCUAGCUUUUAUCAUUUUAGUUCUUGGUUUCAAUCUUUUUGCAAGGACUCGUGCAUGUCUAAUUUGAUGAUUUUGAUGGUUUAUAGAUUACAGCAGUACUCGUGGGAGUUGUUGUCAAAUCACGCCUUUCUUAAAUAUGCAGGGAGUCAAAAAUUUUUAAUUGAUGAUAGGGCGGGUCAGGGUCAAUAUUCCUUGGAGAAAGGAAGAAAAAAUCACGUUAAGAGAAUAAUCCAUACAAUUUAUGCUUUAAUUACGGUUACAAGAUGUCUGAACGUUAAGAAGGCAAAGAUUAAUUAAAGCGCACGAACAAACAAACCGACGUGAUAUCUAUUAAAUUAGGUGUGUCAUCUGUUUGCAGGCAUUUUUUGUGUGGAGCCUCGCUGUGUCUUCUGUGAAAGGAUUCGAAAAAGGUGAGACAUUUAUCGCUUGCUAAUAACAAUCCCAGAUUUUAUUGCGAUUAAGUUAAGUUAGAUGACUACCUUGUGGUUCACUAAUUGUAUUCUAUUGCUACAGAUGACCUCUUUGUCUAACAGUGUUUGUGUUAGGGUGGGUUAGCCUUGAAAGAAGUGAUUAAAUCAUAAAGUGAUGACUAAAGUAAAUUGACGACAAUAUCUUGAAAACGGCGUUUUGUUGUAAGGACGACUACACUUAUUCUUUUGUUGUGAUUUUAAAAAGGCGGGGAAUUUCCGCAAACUGACACUGAAGUAAAACUUCGGAGGUCCGUACUAAAGCAAUAACAGAGUCAAAGCUAUUACCCUUUGUGAGUAGAUAGAGACUGCGACCACCUCUGAUCAGACAGUUUUAAUAAAAUGUAUCCUCUUUGUCUCAGCCGAGAGAGUGUUAGACAAAGAGACUGAUUCCCAAAUAAUAGCCUUACUUCUCAAAUCCAUGCCAAGCUACUUUCAUGUCGCUCCUAAUUUCGUUAAGUUUGCUCUUGGAGCCUUGUGGCCUCUUUUCCAUCAAAGUGUUCAAACAUGUGAGGUAUAACUGUAUAACUGUUUUCUUCCACAUGGACAGCUCGAGUCUUAAAAUGACGCCGAAGAGAGGCUACAUUCGGAAGCAGGUUGCAUUGGGAAUCCGCUUUUUUAGCUUAAUCGUCCAUGUCUACAUGCACUCACUAGUUGAUUUGUCAUUCACUAACAUGUCUAUUUCUGAUUAACACCCAGCAACUGACCCUAGCAACCGAACCUGUGAGUCCGUGGUAAGGGAACUUGUUCAUUCCCGUCCCCUCCAUGUGGCAAUCCGACAUUGUUGUAACUACUCUAGGCUUACUUAUGACUGUGUCAAUGGCUACAAGCAAGUGGAGGGAGACAGAGUGAGGCGCUGCUUUGAGGGCAAACUACAAGGGAGGGAGCCAAAAUGCAGAUUCCCAAAAGGUAGGGGAUCUGUAUUCCCAGGAAAUGCAAUAGAUUUCCUGAUGCUUAAUCUCUAAGAAUCGUGUCUUGGCAUUUGCUUUCGGUCCUUACAUACUCUCUUUAUUAAGCGACUUAAAUGACCUGUUGGCUUUGUACUUAAACUGCCAUUCGGUUAAAUCUCGACAUAUUCCCCUUUUAUUUUUGAAUCGAGGGCGAUUUGUUUUUUUUUUGAAAAAAUUUAUCGGUCGACGCUGCAUUCACAUCGCAAAAUUGGCUGAGAUAUCAAUGACGUAUACGAAUGCUGACUUACUGCAAGCACCUUAAGUGUAUUGUGUUUGGAGUAUAAUUAAAGUUUGCGGAAUAUUUAAAUACUGGAAUAUUUAGUAACAUACGUUAUUUGUUUUAUUGAGUUAGGGAGUUAAAAUGGUUGACGUGUAACUCGGGUAUUAAUCAAAAUACUUUGAAUUGUUCAAUUUUAUAGUAACCAGCUGUGGUAACCCGGGAACGAUUCGUCACGGUUACUUCAUUGGAUCUGAUUUCAGUGUUGGUAAGACUGUGAAAUACAGAUGCAGCCGCGGUUACAAAUUGCGUGGACCAGCGGUCAGUGUAUGCAAGAACCAUGGGAUAUGGAGUAAGCGACCUGAGUGUAUCGGUAAGUUAUAAUUUUUCUUCCAAAAAGAUAAGUUUCUCGUUGCGUAAAUUCAGUACAUUGAGAAAAAGACGGAAUUUUCCACCAUAAACCCCUAUUAGAAAGUCAGUCUAAGAGAUUUUCCGUACUGCUUGUUCAAGCAUUAGUCUUUUGCAACCAUAACAUUGUAACUCUUUUUUGAACACACGGUGGCGCAGACUCGCGUUGUGACCGACUCGGUCAGUGGUCUUUGUUCUAAGCAAGAAACAUUUCGGUUUUAUUGCUAUUUUCCUGGCAAGAUUAUUAAAGUUUAUCAGCAAACUAAAAAGGGUGGUAGCAAAGUUUGUUGCUUCAGAUGGCCUGGUUGCUUAGCCUUACUUUUUGCUUUUGAUAUUAGGAAAAUCUCCCACUGAUGUGGACCAUAGACGCAACUCAAAUAGGACAUUUUUAAAUCGGAACUAAAGUGAUGCUGCUAUUUUUCCUUAGACAAAAAAGUGAUGGAUGUGGACGAAGCCACCGCCUUUAUUCGUCACAGUCUUUUAGACAAUUACUUCAAGCAUCUGUGCUCAUCAAACGAUUCAUGUUCCGAGGUUCAUUCCAAUUCCAGAACACGUCGUUCGCUUGAUCUCGAUUACAAUGGAGGUCUGGAUGUGAUUUUCUUAGUGGAUGUAUCUGAUGGAGUCACCAAGGAUGACUACAAGAUUGGACUCAAAUUUGCUCAAGAACUCAUCAGAGUUCUAGCAGCAACUGUGAUGUGAGUAAUGAGUAUCGCAAGUAGUAUUGUAUAUAGACUGCAUGUUGAGAAACAGGCUUGUGUUUUUUUUUCUUUUUUAAUGAUAAGUUCCGGCCUGAGAUUAGCUAAAAAUUUUUAAGACGGUGCUGAGAAGAUACUUUAAGCUGUACUCACCAUGCAUGAAUGAUUUCUGCGUUUUCCCCACAUCUAGAAAAUCCAGAAUAUCUUUGUCACAUUAGUGUUGUGAAUCUCAGUGUAUACUACACAAAUUUAACAAGGGUUCUGUAGUCGGUGCGACAUAUCUUGUUAUCAGCAGCCGAGCUUAUAGCUCAAGCAUAGGAGCACACGGCGCACUUUGACAUAGUUCAUCGUCCUGGUAUGAAUAACUACAUGGAAAAUUGUGGUCGAACAGGCUAAUAGUGUAAUUACACCAGUAAGUGAAACCUUUUCACGUCAUCUGUGUCUUUACUUUUGCGUCAUUUCUUGUUCACAGGCGCGGGGAUAUUCGUAUUGCAGUUGUCUCGUACAACAGUAAACCAUAUACUUUCAUGAAUUUCGCAUCUCCGUCCGACAGAGUGAUAAAAAAGAUUGGUGGUAUCAAGAAAUCAGGGGGUUGCGGUACUUCCCUCGGUAGGGCCAUGUACAUGACACGGCGAAGGCUGGUCCCUAAUACUCGGACUAAUAGCAAUAAGGCCAUGUUUAUCAUAAGCAAUGGACUAUUGAACAUGGGAACAAGCCACCCAAAGGCGUCGCGUUUAUUGGAGAGCGAGAAAUCUUUUCAGAUCUUUUCCAUUGCUGUCGGCAAGAGUCCCAAUACGCGGCUUUUGUCGUCUGUUGUCUCGCAGCCUGAGAAGAGCCAUCUUAUAUUUCUGAGAUAUUACGGUGAUGUUUUCGAUGCUGUACGGCGAACCGUGACAAGGAACAAAAAGGGUGAGUUGCUAUUGAAAAAGAGAGAGCACAAUAUUUCGCAAAAACUAUUAAUAGCAAAUUGAGUAUUUAAAAUCAGAAAAAGCGUCAACACCUAAAUAUCAAACGUAUGGAAAGAAUCACGAUCAGCCACAUCAAAUAAUUAUUCAUGUAAAUAUUGAUCCAUUGUUAGAUAGUUGACAAAUCGUACCGAAAAAUCUCAACUUGUUACUUUAUUACUAAAAGCCGUGAGUUAGUAGGAAAUCGAGCGCAGAAAUGAAAACCACAGUUCAACUCAAAUUGCGGGAGAAAACUCUGUUUUAAGCUAAUCUGUACAGCUACGUUUCAUGAAAAGGAAUCAAAACUAAGCCGCACAACCUCAUUCUUCUUCUCUAGAUCCUAGCGAAUGUGGUGUAAGUGUGACCAAACCAAGAGCUCGCAAUGUGCGGGGCAAUAGGGCGACAAGUGGUGUAUGGCCUUGGCAAAUUAGCCUCCACUGGAACGGUAAGCACGCAAAAAGGAUCAAGUAAAUUAAACGUAUUCCUAGAGUGUGGUAUAUGCAAUUCUUUUAUAUCUGGAUGGCCUUGGUCACCAUAGUAUAUAGGCCAUUACACCAUGGCUACAAGUAAAGUCACCCCUUUAUCAUAAUGUCGUUGCUUUGUUUUCUUUUGUUUUCCUUUGAAAUUUUUUUUCUUACGUUAGCGAACCUAUUGGUAUAAUAAGGAUAUUUUUAAGGAAGAGUUUUUCAAUUUUGACGUAUUGAAUAGGGUUUAUUUGUCUUUGUGCCUCGGAGGCUGUCAAUCAUCGCAAGUUCUUUAAAUCCAAAAUACACUCUUUGAGAAGUGUUUUAGCAUCAAAUUUCGUGGACCCUUUGUUUUUCUGGCGGAUUAGAGUCUCUUUGAGGGUAGCUUAUUGAUCGACCACAUAACUUUUUUAAUUUGUCAGGGGGUGCAAAGAUCUGCAGUGGAGCUCUAAUCAGCAAGGAGUGGGUCAUCACUGCGGCACAUUGCUUUUACUCUAAAACAUGGAGAGCCGUCGUGCGCCCUGCUUCCAAGUAAGUGAUCCAGUUACCCAAAAUGUGUUUGGGACUAAAACUUGUGCUUCCUUUAGACUUAAGUAACAUCUUCAGCCAUUAAUCCUCUUUAGUUACUUUAUCAUUGAUGGUAAGGCCAUUUCGCCAUCAGUGUUUCGAACACAAAUACGAAUAGCGUUACUGCAACAUAAUUGUUGAUGUAUCUUGACAAAGUGGCGGAGAAAACUUGCUUUGCACCAAGUUCAGGAGCAUGCGCGACAUUCACGUAACGCGCUUCAAAUGUAAUAUUCCUCGUUCUUUACGCCAUGAAGCAGAACAAGCGUGCCCCAAAUGUCCAGUAAUCCCCGCUCUUUAUGAGAAUUGAGCGCAAGCCACUCAGGCUUAGUGUGCAGAGAUUCACACAAGUGGGAUACAAUUUACGGAUCGCAUGUAUCUCUUUACGGUCCGCAUUCAAAAUUGAGCUGACCUUAGCAUUAGUUUUUUACAUCAGUAGAAUUAUUAUCAAUUUAACUUAGACUAUCUCAUCCAAUUCCAUCAAUCAACGUUUUCUGUAGAUAUACCAUAAAAGCUGGAGGCCACCAUCUUGGAGACAGAAGAAUCAGUCCGGAACAGGUCAUUGAAGCCGCUAAAAUUCACAUACACGACAACUACAAGAGGCAAAGCCAUGAAAACGACAUUGCGCUCAUUAAACUAAACCGAAAAGUCAAGUUUGGAAAGUAUGUGAGUCCCGUAUGCUUGCCUGCAGAGCACAAUGACUUGGCAGCUCCCGGAAAACACGGCUUUGUCGCUGGAUGGGGUGAAAAACAAACUCAAGCGAAGCAAGAUAAGAAAUCCUCAAAACAUCGGAAGAGGGGCCGGAGCAAAGUGACGGUGCAUGUCGCCCUGGAGGUAUCCCCUGGUAAAGCUUGUGGUAAUAGCACCCGUCAGGCAUUUAACAGGACAGUCAUGUUUUGCGCCGAACACAAUAAGGCGUGGCAACAUUCUUGCCGAGGUGAUGGUGGGGGACCAUUUUUGCGCGAGAACUACGAUUCAAAAACCAGAGGCUAUCGAUGGACCGUCGCCGGGCUGGUGAGCUGGGGCGAGGGAUGCGGGGUAAAAGGUCGUUACAGUUUUUUUACCCGGGUGACUCCGUAUUUCGGGUGGAUAUUGGAGACAACGAAUCCACCGAAAAGAAGAGGCAGACACCCGCGAAAACGAAAUAACUGAUUUGAAUGAACAAAGACAAUUUAAUUUUGUUUCUGAUAUGUUGUGGGUCGAAGAUAGAAAAAGAAUACCAUAAUUUAAUGUGGCGACAACAAGUUAAGAGGAAGAGUAAACAUGCCGAUAAGUUUGGUGACAUCAGAACAUUCCCUUGUAUAAACUUUACGAAGUACUACUUUGCCGUAGUAUUCAAUACUCAAGACGUAAGGAAGUCCGGAUUAUGAAACCAGAAGAAUAAAAUACGAAAGAAGGAAUCGAAAGUGUGUCUUGUAAUUUUAGGCGCGAUCCUCCUCACUCAUAUUCACAGAAAGUCGCGCUUGUAGGCGUUCAGUUGAGAUGUUUCAGCAAUCAUGUGUUAGGGAAAUUUAUAAUUGGUUGUUGAAAGUAAUCCAGUAUUACACUGGUUUCGGUUAAAUUCGGUCUGGAAUUUCGUCUGAAAAGAACAAGCCAUCCUCUCAACCAAUUGCUUGCAUUCAAGACUAAAGUCAAUUAGUUUCCAUUGAAAUGUGCCUCCCCUCGAUCGUUCUGCUUCAUUCAUUUUUGAUCACUUUGGGUUUGGCUUUACAUUAUUCACAUGAAUACCCGAAAUUCAACUGUUCCGUUUGAAGUAAUCGCAAGUACGAUCAAUAUACUUUCCCUAGAAAUUUUCAAAAGUACUGUCACCUUUGAAACGUUUAUAAAGGAUUCAAUCGUCCACUCGAUCAUUAUAUGCCGUUAAUGAUCAUAUAUAUAUAAUGAUCAUUAUAUGCCAUUAAUGAUUAGAAUGCCUCCUAUUUAUCGUGGUCGAAAUUAAUAACUAGAUUAAAGUUAACCACUAGUUAAAUUGUAUACAGUGGAGGGAAAAUUGAACAUUAGUAUUCCACUGCUUGACCUUAAGGGUUGUUUAGGGAGGUAAUGAUUUAGACAGUGAAGUUAAUCAAAAUUCUAGGGGAUGAUCUGCUUAAAUUUUGAGAUAAGGCAAUUUUUUUAAGCUUCUUGCUGUGAAAUAACUCAUAAAAUGGAUACAGACUUUUUAAAGGAGAGAAAAAUAGCUAGAAAGGAAGAACCACAUGAGUGAAGAGUCGUGAAUAUAACAUUGCCGC